UCGUAGCCCUGUAUGUUGUGAUUUAAAAUUUAAUAGAAACAUAACCUAAGAAAAAUUUGCAGCGUUUUUGUUUUGGUUUUGAAAUAUUAACGCAUUAGGUAAGUCUUCGGCAAAUGGGGGUGAAAGUGUAGCAGUCGAAGCCCCCCCUUUGGUUAAUACAAAAAGACAACCAGAUUUCCAUUUACUAAUGAUGGACGACUGUGUCCUACCAGUUCUCUGUAACAUUUGGGACGAUUACAUGAUACAACCUGACGAUUUGAAGAAUGUAGCUCAAGAGUUGAUUAUUGAAACCUCCACAGACGAUGAUUUAGACAAAAUAAAGCCAAAAACGUGUACUACCUGUUCCAAAUCGUUCUCGAGACAUUCUGCACUUUUAUCACAUUUAAAACUGCACAUGCAGAAGAAGGAUGAUGAUGACGACUGUAAGAAACGCAAGAUAAGCUGUUCGAAAUGCAAGAAAACCUUUCGGACAAAGAGUAAGUUAAUUCGACACAAGUGGUUGCAUCGCAAGAAUCCAUUUACGUGCGAAACAUGCGCAAACUGUUUUGAGUUGCAAGCGGAGCUCGAAGACCACAGACUGUCAUCACAUCAAUCGACGACUGCUUUCUUGUGUUGUGAAUGUGGAAAGUGUUUUUCUAGCCGUCAAGGUUUAUGGGCGCACAAUCGUAUGCAGCACACCUCGACGGGGUCUCACAAGUGCGUCGAUUGCAACAAGACUUUUACCAGUAGACAGGGUUACUUAAUACACAAACGAAAGCACGGUGACCAAAGGCCUUUCAAGUGCAAGUUUUGCCAGAAGGCUUUUCGCGACGGGGCCACAUUACGAAAGCACGAACGCAUACAUACAGGCGAGAGACCGUACAAAUGCCCAUUGUGCUCGCGGGCAUUCAAUCAGAAGGUGGUACUUCGCGAACAUGUCAGAUGGGUGCAUGUCGCAAAUUGGGCGACAGCUCACAGUGUUUAUGCCUGUUCCUUGUGCAGCACCUCGUUAACCGAUAGAGAUGAUUUGUGUGCACAUAUUGUUAAACAUAGCGAUGCAAAUGUAUCGAAGCUGAAAAAGGAGCGCUCCACUGUUAAUGAAGAAUUAAUAUAAAUUGUCCACUUUUGUUCAUUAUGAUGGUAUAUUGAUUUGAGGAGUUUGUUGAGUUACUAGAAUUUUGUUCUUAUUAAUAGAAAUAAAAGUUGUUUAUUUUAGACCCAAAAAAGGCAAGCCUUUCGUACAACCC